AAAGUCAGUUGACAUGAAUCACUGAAAAUUAGCGACUGUCGAUCUCCCCUACCAACGCCAAAUUUUAUUGAUGUCCUACACUUCUUCUUUCCUUACCAUGGAUCCAUACGCUGAACGUACUCCAUCUCUUACUAACUCGGAUUCUUCCAGCACUAGUACUUCUAGUAUUAGUGAUCCCGUCUCUAUGGAUCCGCCAUAUACUGACAGAGACAGGCCUCUACCUUCACUUCCUCGUGAACUAUCCAGAAAAUCAUACCAUAUACCUUUUCCUACUCCAAAGGAAAAGCGAGCAUACCCCACAGACCCACAGCGCUCGGCUAGGAGGCCGAGCCUCGUUCACGAACGUCCUCCGCAGCCAGCUUCAUCCAAAGUCAAAUCAAUAGCAUGGAGGAGAAUGCACCGCGCGGCCGUUUAUACACUCAAGCAACCCAACGUUCUUGAACGCUUACUGCAGUUCAUACCAUGGGCUGACUUUUAUGCUCUGUUAUCAACUUGCUCCGACAUGAGGCGCCUCUGGGAUACCCGGGAUCUGCGAGACGUCAUACUAUCCCAUUUCGUUCCCGGCUACGGCUACGCCCUCAUGUAUCGUGACCUCUCUAACUAUCAAGAUAUGGACAUCUCUCUUCAAGACCUUGACCUCUUGCAUGUUUCACAACGUGUUCCCCUCCAUCAAUACCCAGUGCACGCACUUAGGAGUAUAUCGAGCCUAACGCCUAGCCGAGAUUAUGACGCAACCACCGCAAAAUUGACCCACAAGCUAGCCAUUCUAUGUCUGACUCACUCCCGCUUCGUACUCCUCCUUCAGUCUCUCGUCCAUAGUUCUCCUCUCCCCUUGCCCAUCGAUCAAGAUACCCAGUUCCAACCCGCACGCUUCACAUCCAUUUCCCCACCGCUGCCUCAUGGCCUCCGCGAACUCACGUUCCCUGCCCCUCUAUCAUACGUAUCUGACGCUUCCGAAAAAACUCCGUCAGGCGCUUAUUUCCCAGGUACUAGAUCAGAUCCGGGACGCUCCAUGAUUAGUCCCCGUGAUCACGCAAGUAGUACACGCUUAUCGCAAGAGUCUAUUUCAAGGGGCCGCGAUACUUCAAAACCCAGGGUCUCCGCUGAUUUUAAUCUGCCGGUCAAUCAACGGAAACAAAGGAAGCUUUCCAUAUUCGGUGCGAAAAACCCUCCGCCCCCUCCGUCAGAGCCCCGGUCUCUCAAAUACUACGAUGCAAGAUGGCGGCGCACCAUCGCUGCUGGCUCACAAACACAAGUGCCCGCGCAACUCGGCGCGUACGCGAGUAAUCGGACUUUUUUUUCAGAAGAUGACAUCAGAAAGUCCGUAAUGCGUACCCACAGGCGCACAGGAUCUAGUGAGAUGUCUAGUGCAUCAUCUUCCAUCAGUGGCAGCCCUUCCCCACCGUUCUCUCGGAGGUCGGAUGGCGUCUUUAGUCUCUCCACGGGCUCUCCACAUGACCUUCACGCUGCGACUUCACGAAUCCGAGCGCCCGUGCUGCGCGUAUUCGUACCUUGCACAGGCCUCAUCCCCGCAGCAAUCUCGUUAUGCGAACAACAAUUAAUCGACAACGGUCUCUGGGAACACAUGUCAACUGGUGACAUUGUCUGCAACUUCGGCUAUGUCCCUUCCACGCCCGAAUCGGACGAGACUUCAUCGUCAUCACAAGAAUCAGACAGAAGCGCGCCACGCAGAUCAUGGCUGCUUUACAACGGAGACUCGCUCGUUCCCUUCGUACCUCCUGCGCCCCCGCCCGUCGAUGACCCCCUCAGCUUGCCGUCACCGCUGUACUACUCGCACCUCAUGCCUUCGCACGUUCAUCCCCUAUUCGCAUUCGCACCCCCUGGCGGCGGCGGCGUCCCCGAGCUCAAUCUCGUACAAACAACAGAACGCGUCCGUUCACCACAAUCUCGCGGAGGGUGGGCCGCAGCGAAGAAGCAUAUGUGGGUCGCACGUGCACGCGUCGGAAUGGGCUUCGUCGACGUUGACGAUGGGCUUGGCGAAGGGUGGCGCGGCGAAUGGAUCCUCGAGACGGAAGGCACGCGCGAGGGGCGACAAACCCUUGUAGACUGUCUCUCAGGGGACGCAGGUGAGGUUUUCGUGUGGGAGUUUGUGAGGGGGAAGAGUGGCGGUGGGCAAAUAUGGCUAAAACUUGUACGACCGCUACAACCUCCUUCGGACUCAUUGAGAGACCUUCGUAUUUUACGAUCGUGAAUGAACUAUUGUUUUUUAGAGAGGACGCUUUUACUAUAUUCCCCAUACACAACAUUAGUACGCUGGACGCUGCAUAACAUUCUUUUACAUAUUUCUUUACUUUCUGAAUUUUUCACAGCGGUCGCCGUAGGGAUAUUUGUCGACUAUAUUCAGGGGAUCUGUGACUGUUAUCUACUGUUGCAUGCUUAUCUACGUCUCCAUACUAACUACACACGCGCCUACUUAGGCACCUUCGAUAUCCAUGCCGUAGAACGUUGCUAUUCAAGGACUCGGAUCGUGUAUGCGUAUUAUGUUGUAAUAACACAGCCCAUCCAGAACAUGAAGAUUAAUUAAUUGCUCUCCAGACACAAUAUGACUGACGAAUAAUGAUACAAGUCUCUUCAAGCAUCAAACGAGCGUACAGAUCCAGGAAUUGCUCCCGUGGGGUCACCGCGCC